UAUGACUCUCUCACUGGAGAAACACACAGGGAAGACGGUUCGGGGAACGAGGAAGAUGACGAUGGAGGUACUGUAGGUAGCUCACAGCAGCAAGGAAGCGGAGAAACCGGUUUCCCCAACAGCCAGGAUAUGUUUGUGACACUGGACCUGGAACCAGUAACCCCCGAACUCACCCAAGACCCUCAGGGCACACAGGAGACCUCUGCUGCAAAUGUUUCUCCUUCGCAGAGGCUCGUGAACAUUAGAAAGAGAAAACGUAAGACGAGGGACGAGAUGUUCACGGAGCUGCAGAUGUCCUCCCACGCUGAUAGAGCACAGCAGAAUGCGUGGAGGCAGUCAAUGUCGGAGAUGAGAAAAGCCCAACAUGAACGAGAGGAGAGGUGGCGGGCUGAAGACGAUAGGUGGCGUCAGCUUGCAGACAGACGGCAAGAGGCAAUGCUCCGUCUGCUGGAGCAUCAAAGUGAUAUGCUCGAGCGUAUGGUUGAGUUGCAGGAAAGGCAGCAGGAGCAGAGACCGCCGCUACAGCCCCUGUGUAACCAACAGCCCUCCUCCCCAAGUUCCAUAGCCUCCUCACCCAGACGCCCAAGAACACGGUGGGGGGGCCUCCGUCCACCCAGUCACUCCACCCCAGAUGAUCGCCCAGGCAUCAGAAGGCUGGGCUUCAAUAAGAGUUAAAGUUUUAAAAUGCAGUGUGUCCUUUUCCAUCCCUCCUCCCCCACCCAUCCCAGCUACCUUGGCAAUUAUCCCCCUACCUCUGUAAGGAACUAAUAAAGA